ACAAUGAGCUCAACACAGAAGGACCAACAUGGACCGAGAAGUCAGCGCUCUCAGGAGGCCGACAAACCUCACAGAAGAAAGGGAGAGAAAAAACACACCUGUGACGAGUGUGGGAAGGAUUUUACUUGGAAGUAUGAACUAACACUUCAUCAGGUCAUCCACACUGGAGAGAGACCGUUCAGCUGUGACUUGUGCGGAAAGUCUUUUUCCUGGUUGUGUUCCCUAAAAACACACCAAGUCAUCCACAGUGGAGUUAAAGCAUACAGCUGUGAUCAGUGUGGCAGAGCUUUUACUCAAAGUAGCAGCUUACAGAGGCAUCUAGUUACCCACUCUGGAAUGAAGGCAUACAGCUGUGACAUAUGUGGAAAAACUUUUCGCCACAUAGAGAGCCGAAAUAAACACCUACGCAUUCACACCAGACAUGUGGUGUACUGCUGUGAACAGUGUGAUAAACAGUUUAUAACGGGCACAGAUUUGCAACGCCACAUGUUUACCCACACUGAGGAGAGACCUUAUAAAUGUGACCUGUGUGAGAAGACUUUUAAAGCUCCACGUUACCUAAGGCAACACCAACAGAUCCACACCAGAAUGAGACUUUACAAGUGCAGUUACUGUGAGAAGCAGAGAGACACAGAUGGAUCCAGUUCUCAACCCUGUCAUCACUGUGGUGGUGGGAAAGACUUUUGUUGUGACCUUUGUGGAAAAACUUUCAGUCACCAAUACACUCUAAAAAGACAUCAACGUAGACACACUGGAGAAAAAAUUAAAUACUGCAAAGAAUGUGGGAGAAGCUUCACUACACCAACUAAGUUAAAACGAGAUGAACUGAUUCACAGUGGGGUUAAAAAGCACCUCUGUGAUCAGUGUGGGUCAUCCUUCACCACUGCAGUCAACCUUAAAAGACAUAAACGAGUCCACACAGGAGAGAAACCAUACAACUCCAGUCCGUAA